AUGGUGCUUCUAAGAGCCACUGCUUUCGUUUUAGUCUUCGCCGUGCUGACGGCCGCGUUCUCAGCGGUGCACUGGCCGCUCAGACGCUCGUGGAUCGACAAGCUCAUUGCACCUGAAGAAAGGGAUGAUGAUGUGAGUGGUUGCCACCCCUUCCUCCCAAAGCAGUGUGUCUGGUGGGGUCGGCACUUGCCUUUGAGGCAGACUGAAUCAACCACUCUACCCCCUCUCCAUUCUUCCUUCUUCCUUCUUCCCCAUGUUCUCUUCCCCUCCCCCCAGCCGCCCAUUGCAGUGUGUCUGCCGCCCAUAGCAAUGUGUCUGGUGGGGUCGGCGCGGGCCUUUGAGGCAACGGGCCCCUCGCUGCUGCGCCACCUACUGCUGCCCUCCGCACACCCCUCCCCCCAACACCUCUCACACUGCUCCUCACACCUCUCCCACCGCUCCUCACACCUCUCCCACCGCCCCUUACACCUCUUCCUGCACGCGCCUCUAGACGAAACUGCUGCCAAACUCAGCUUCCUCCGAAGCUUCGUCCGCAGUACCAGCAGCGGCAUCUGGGGCAGCAGUAUUAGCUGGAAUUCUGGAUUAAAACGGAAGCCGAGGGGUAAUGACGUGGCAGCUCGGGAUUGGCCACAGCUGGCGCGGGAAAACGCCAUAGCAGCUGUGAGGGUCUUCCCGAACAGUGACGUGGAUGAGACAAAAUACCCCACUGGCGUGAUGUUCACUGGAGAUUCCCCCAGCGGCCUGCAGGGUCUGCUACAGUACUUCCGCCUGGUGGAGGGGUGCUGGGACAUGAUCCAAUCGUUUGAAGCCACGUCAGCACCGCCCCUGCGCUACAACUGGAUCGUGCGAGCCCGCCUCGACUCCCUCUGGACCGCCCCCGCUCCAAUCCAACCCCCGCCGCCCAUCCUGCCGCCCAGUGUCCCUGCUAUAGCCACCACCGCCGCUGCACCAGCAGGAGCAGCAGCAGCAGCAGCAGCAGCAGCAGCGGCAAUUCUUGAUGACAUUGGGGUGGGUGAUAACUUGGCCUACACGAUUCCGUAUGGGUCGGACUGGUGGGGGCUUAACGACCGGUUUGGGAUGGGAGGGAGGCAGGCGAGUGAAGCAGCGUUGAAGCGGCUGAGUGCGCUGCAGCUGCUGGCAAGGCGGAAGAUGCGGAACCUCAAUUCAGAAGGAGCCUUUAAAGCCCAGCUAUCGCUAGGGGGCAUCAAGGUGCAACGAGCCAGCCUGCCCUUCUGUGUGCUCUCCCAACGCACCUACACUGACGGCUGUGCCCCCACCGUUUACUCCCUCAACUCCUCCGUGCCGCUAAAUGGCGCCAAAUGCCGCCCGUGCAGCCGCCCGUGUGCUACAGGCGAAAAGGCCCGAGCUCUCGUCUCCCGCAUCGCCCCUUCCGAACCUAACUGGCCGGGGCCAGCAGCAGGGGAGGGCGAGGUGGGGGUGUGUGAUGCGGCGAGGGGGUGGGAGAAAGGGUGGGAGGCGGAGUUUGAUGCGGUUAUGGGGGAGGAUAUGGCGGAGGGGAGGAGGCAAGUGGUGCGGGAGGCAAUGGGGAGUAUUGACGAGUGUGUGCAAGCAUGGGAUGUGGUGAGAUUGAGGAGGAGUGAUGGGGGGGAGAUGGCGGAGGAGCGGAGGCAGGUUGUGCGGGAGGCGAUUGGGAGCAUUGACGAGGAUGUGAAGGCGUGCGAUGAGGGGCCCUCUGUGCCUUCCCUGCCUUCCCUGCGAAGGGGGGACCGUUGGUCACCUCUAUAUGGACGUGAGUCGGCCCCCCACUCGCCCGGGCCUGCCGCACCACCUCCACAAACGUGUCUGCGGCGUGAUCGAGGGCAGGAUCCUGCUGGCGACCAUUACCGCCACGACCUCCGCCAUUCCGCCGGCCUCGCCGGCCGUCAGAACCUGCCGAGUGAGGACGCGGGGGGGACUGCUCGCGACGCCCCGAAUCCCAGCGACGUCCAGGCGACCCUCUCCCCCUCGUCGCCGGAGAUCGCCGCGGAGACCGUUGCGCGGGGGAUCGCGCUCGGGGUGAGCGCUGGCCUGCCCGACCACGAGGAGACGGGUGGCGAGGAGAACGAGGACGCCCAGGGGAUCGCCGAUCGCCCCCACCCCGCGGAUGAGCCUCACGAUGCUAAGGAGAUGGGCGCCGAGGAGAGGGCUGCCGCGGAGGCUGACGCAGAGGCGAGCGCCCGCGCUCCUGCCGCGGCUGACCGUCCGGGCGGUUCGACGCAACACGCGCAGGGGCCCACGAAUACUCCGGCUAGGUGGGGCGCGGGGCAGGCCGUUGGGGAAGAGUCAGCACCCGGUCGAAGCGGCGGACGGGCUCGCUUGCGGAGGGGUGCGCAGGGACACGCGGGCGAAGACCGCCAGGCGCAGGUUCCGGCAACGCGCUCUUCGCGGAUCCCUCGAGCUCCGGAUCCCGUCUCGCGGAUGGAUCCAUCACCCCCGACCGCACCGCAGCCGACGCCAUCACGCCGACUAAACGAGGACGAGGUGGACGUGGCGCCGCAGGCAGGGCGCGUGGGAGCCGCGGAAGGGAGAGGAACGCGGGGUAUCCGCGUGGGACGCGGCAGCAGCCGCCGCGGACGACGAGGGAAUGGGAGAGGACGAAAAGGUGGAGGAGCGCGCGGCACAAAUCGGCGCCGCACCGGCGCAAGCGGUUACGCGAGAACUGCUGAACGGCUAAUACGCGAAGGCGUGGAAGGCGGCGAGGAGGAGCACAGCGAGGAGGCAGAGGACGAAGCUGAGAAUGAAGAAAGCGAAGGGGGUGACCCUGUUUUCAACCCAGAAAGAGAGGGGAUGUUGGAAGCAGAAGCCGAGGACGAGGAAGAAUUGGAGACGCUACUUCGAGAAGCGGAGUUUCCAAACCAUCAGGCCCGGGACGAACCUGCAACUCGAACCACAGGUCGAAAUCGAACCGCGGGGGGAAAUCGUGCAAGGGGGGGAAAUUGA